UCCCAGAGUUUUGCUUUGCAAUCGCAACUACAAUCAAUCAUUAAAGUUCAGUUUGCUAAAAUUUAAUGUGUAAAACCGGUAAAACCUGAACUAACCAAAAACGGACUGUUUAUUUUCACGUUGUAUAUAGUUACAUAAAGGAGCGUGAUAAUGGUUCCAACGAAAUCCCAUGUUGAAGAGCUUCAAGACUAUUUCAAAACGCACAACAAAACUAGAGAAGCCACUAAAGCCCAUACUGCCAAAGUCCACUCGGUUGGAUGGAACUGCGAUGGACGCCGGUUAGCAUCCGGAUCAUUUGACAAAUCGGUUGUUAUUUUUACGCUAGAUCGAGAACGUCUGAAUAAGGACAGCACAUAUCGAGGGCAUACCGGAUCAGUAGAUCAAUUAUGCUGGCACGCUUCCCUGCCGGAUUUGCUAAGUACAGCAAGUGGUGAUAAAACAGUUCGAAUAUGGGACGCGCGCGUCGGCAAAUGCGCAACUAUCAUCAAUACCAAAGGUGAAAAUAUAAACAUUACGUGGUCACCGGACGGUAACACGAUAGCAGUUGGUAACAAAGAAGACCUUGUGACAUUCAUUGACGCCCGUAUGUACAAAAUUUUAGCAGAAGAACAGUUUUCAUUCGAAGUCAACGAAAUAGCUUGGAGCAAUGGCAGUGAUUUGUUCUUUUUAACAAAUGGGCAAGGGUGCGUACAUAUUCUGAAUUAUCCUGACUUAAAUUUGCAGCAAAUUCUGAAAGCUCAUCCUAGUACCUGCAUAUGCAUCGAGUUUGAUCCAACCGGCAGGUACUUCGCAACUGGAUCAGCGGAUGCAUUAGUUUCAUUAUGGGACGCUGAAGAACUGGCUUGUUUGAGGGUUUUCUCUCGUUUAGAUUGGCCAGUGCGAACCAUAUCUUUCAGUCACGACGGAAAGUUACUUGCAUCUGCGAGUGAAGACCUUAUCAUCGACAUCGGUGACACUGAGACUGGAGAAAAGGUCGCAGACAUUUCUGUAGACGCUGCAACAUUUACGGUUGCUUGGCAUCCCAAGCAGUACAUACUCGCAUAUGCAUGCGAUGAUAAAGAUGCAAACGAUCGUCGACGGGAUGCUGGCAGCCUGAAAGUUUGGGGGUUUUCAGAAUAAAUUGAUUAACUAGAACAUUACUCAUCCAACAAUAAACUAUAUUAAGCCCAAGUUUCUUCCUGGUAACGUUCGUUUUUCAGCAUU